AUGCCUCUCGCCAAGUCAGAAUACUUGAGCGAUACGUGGAAGGAUGGCCUUUUCAAAAACAAGGUCGUCUUCUGCACCGGAGGUGCAGGAACCAUCUGCAGUGCUCAGGUCCGCGCCCUCGUCCACUUGGGUGCAAAUGCCUGCAUCAUAGGCAGAAACGUGGAGAAGACCGAGAAAGCAGCUCAGGACAUCGCCACGGCUCGUCCAGGUGCCAAGGUCAUUGGCAUAGGCGCGGUUGAUGUGCGCAAGCUCGACAGCCUGAAAGACGCAGUAGACCGCUGUGUCAAGGAGCUUGGCGGUAUAGAUUAUGUUAUCGCUGGUGCGGCCGGGAACUUCCUCGCUUCGAUCAACCAGCUCUCGGCCAACGCUUUCAAGUCUGUAAUGGACAUUGAUGUUCUGGGCUCUUACAACACCCUCAAAGCAACCCUUCCGUAUCUGGUUGAGUCCGCCAACAAACACAAGGUUGACUCUAAGUCCCUGAAGCCCUCUCCACUGGGCACCGGCGGACGCAUCAUCUUCGUUAGCGCUACCAUCCAUUACAGGACCAUGCCUUUCCAAACGCAUGUGUCGGUAGCGAAAGCUGGCGUUGAUGCCCUGUCUCAUAGUGUUGCCAUUGAGUUUGGCCCACUAGGCAUGACGUCCAAUAUCAUUGCCCCUGGUCCAAUCGCAUCGACAGAGGGUGUGGAUCGUUUAGUUCCUGCCGAUGCUAUGGAAGGAUACGUAAAGACACAGCCCCUGGGACGCUUUGGCUCUGUCCGGGACAUUGCAGAUGCCACGGUGUACCUCUUUGCUGAUACCGGAAGCUAUGUCUCUGGUCAAACACUAGUUGUUGAUGGUGCAAGCUGGCGUAUGUCUGCUGGUGGUGCAGCAUCCGGAAACCUGGCUUAUCCCGACUUCCUUCUUUCGGGAGAUGCCGUUCCUAACGUAAAGGGACAGAAGUCGAAGCUUUGA